ACGCGUUGGUUGUCAAUUUUGGUGAGGAGGUGAGUCAGGCAGUGCGUCCCUUCUCAGAGCCGCGAGGCUAUGUCACAAUGGGACGACGGACUAUCCGGCAUCAUCGUAUGUGGACCAUGAUACAGCUUUAGGUCCUUGGGACCACUCACUCACCGUUAGUCUGACCACUAGCUGUAAUGGCUCUCUACCGCUUUAAAAAGGCAUCCCUCUCUCGACCGCUCGAGUUGAGAUUGUGGCGCCCCUCCCUACUCUUCCGCACUGUUUUUGAAGACGAUUCUAUAUUGAAAAGUAGAUUCAUCUAAAUCGGUUUUACCGUGAGAAAGCCAGAUUUCGUGGAGGGAUUUUCCUAUUGGCAAUAGACGAUAGGAGAAUAUUUUCUCUAGCGCUGAUAUGUUGUAUUGCCGUUGUCUUUACAUUCCGCAAACAGUGGUGAAAUAUGGCCACUGUUUUAGAGCAGCAUUCAGAUUCUCUUGAAGAAAAUGAUCACCAAAUAGACAUUUGAUUUUGCUAGGUCGUUUCUCUAAACAAUGAAUGACGUUUUACUGUGUUUGUUAGAUUUUACUCCAAAGGGACUAACAUUGUUUGUUAAUGUUCAUCAAACAUUAGUUAGUCUUCCAACGAAUAGGCUAUCGAAGGGUCGCGCGUUAACCAGGCUAUAUAUCCUCUCCACAGCAGCAUAAUAACAAUCCUCACAUUACCACGUGAGAUUGGAGAUUUUGAUAUUGUUUUAGUACCUGAUAUGUUGGAUUUUUCAUAUUGAUCUCUUAUAAUUUCAGCAUUAUUGUUCAAUUAUCUAUUUUGUAAUAUGUUAUGUCAUGAACUCAUAUUUAUUUUGUCAAGUUUGGGACUGCUUUAUUGCACCCUCGACAACCACUGUGAUUAUUAUUAUUUGACCCUGCUGGUCAACAUCUUGGCCACCCCUCAAGAGGACUGGCCACCCCUCAUAUCCUGGUUCCUCUAGGUUUCUUCCUAGGUUCUGGCCUCUCUAGGGAGUUUUUCCUAGGCACCUUGCUGCUACACCUGCAUUGCUUGCUGUUGGGGUUUUAGGCUGGGUUUCUGUACAGCACUUUGAGAUAUCAACUGAUGUAAGGGCUUUCUAAAUAGAUAUGAUUUGACUAUGACUUUUGGGUAAUUAUGCACUUCUUCACAUGAUACUGCAUUGCUCAGAAAUCCAAAUAAAAGUUGUACUCCUCCUCCUGCUUUGAGCCUUUAUAAUGUCUUUUGAGCAUUUAUGACAUAUUCAACUGUCUCAAACUGGCUGUUAUUAAGUCAGGAUCAUUCAGAUAAUAAUAUAAGAGGGUCAUAUGCUUAUGACAAGUCAUAAAAUGCUUUUAAACUGCAGCAUCUUCCAUAUACCUGUUAUCAAAUGUAUUGCCAUUGUAUCUGCUCUCUUCUACCAGGCCUGCAGGCAGCUGCAGUAAGCCACCAUGUCCAUGGCCCAGCAGCAGAACCAGGUGAUCCUCCAGUUCCACUUCGGAACCUUCGGAGACUCCAUGCUGCAGAAGAUGAACCUGCUCCGCCACCAGACCAGUUUCUGUGACGUCACUGUGCGCAUCAAUGACCUGGAGGUCCCAGGUCACAAGGUGGUGUUGGCAGCCGGUUCUCCCUUCCUCCGGGACCAGUUCUUUCUGCAGGACUCAUCCACGAGGGAGGUCCAGAUCUCCAUGAUCCAGGAGGCGGAGGUAGGCCAUCAGCUGCUCCUGUCCUGCUACACAGGAACCCUGGAGCUGCCUGAGAUAGAGCUGGUCAACUACCUAACUGUGGCCAGCUUCCUCCAGAUGGGCCACGUAGUGGAGCAGUGCACCCAGGCUCUCAAGAAGUUCAUCCAGCCGCGACCCUGCCAGGUGAAACAGCAGCCUCGGGAGGAGGAAGAAGAUGGAGAGACUCUCAGAGCCUCUCAUGCCCAGAGACUACAGGAGCUGCCCCAAGCACAGGUAGUGCAUUGUCAGGUGGAGGAGGAUGAUGAAGACGAUGAAGAUGAUGUGACAAUUCAGCUGAUGACCCCUCCCCAGAGGCAGAAGCGAGACAGGAGUGAGGGCGAGGAGAGCCCCAUCACCAUCGUAAAGGUGGAGUCUGUGUGUGAGCGGAUGUCUGAGAUGUCUGAACGCCCCUCUACCUCCACCGCAGUGUGCUUCCCCACCAGCCCCCCAUUGUCGAUACACUCCCCCGAGCCCCAGCACUCCCUCAUCAACUCCACAGUGGACACCCGGGCUAGCGAAAUGACCAUGCCACCCAUGCCAGGAUACCCACUCAGCCCCCUUCCACUACCCACCUCAGCCACAGGGAGACCCAAUCUGGGGGGGCACCUACGAAACUCAGACAAAUCCCUUCAGUGGUACCACCAGUGCCCAAAGUGUGCCCGCGUGUUCCGCCAGUUAGAGAACUACGCCAACCACCUCAAGAUGCACAAGCUGUUCAUGUGCCUGCUGUGUGGCAAGAUGUUCACCCAGAAGGGUAACCUGCACCGUCACAUGCGGGUCCACGCUGGCAUCAAGCCCUUCCAAUGCAAGAUCUGUGGCAAGACCUUCACUCAGAAAUGCUCUCUCCUGGACCACCUGAACUUACACAGCGGAGACAAGCCCCAUCGCUGUAACUACUGUGACAUGGUGUUUGCACACAAGCCCGUGCUCCGCAAACACCUCAAACAAAUCCAUGGCAAGAACAGCUUUGACAACGCCAACGAGAGGAGCCAACUACACAACGGGAUUCUGGACUUUGAGUAUGGGCGUCUGCAGGACUGUAGCAUGGACAAUAGCAUGGACAAUAAGCCAGUUCUUGUGGGUGACUCUCUGUAGCACUGUAUCGCUUUACAUUUCUGCUGAGUCACAAAUCAAUAGCUGCGUAGUAGUGUUAGCUGAAUUGUAAACCACACUGUAAGGUACUUGAAGGUAUAACACUGAAUACUAGAAGAAUAGUUACUGUAAAAUGAGUACCAAAAAUAUGAACUGAAAUGAUUUGUCCUCAUGAGUAUUGUUUUGGCUAAGGAAGCCUACAGUAGAACCAAAGUGAUUAUAGUGUGUCUGUAGAACAUAUGUUUUUAUUGUCAAUGAUGCCUCUUUUGGAAAUGGGGUAGAUGAUAUACACUACUGUUCAAAGGUUUGGGGUCACUUAGAUAUGUCCUUGUUUUUGAAAGAAAAGCACUUUUUUUGUCCAUUAAAAUAACAUCAAAUUGAUCAGAAAUACAGUGUAGACAUUGUUCAUGUUGUAAAUUACAAUUGUAGCUGGAAACGGCGGAUAUUUAAUGGAAUAUCUACAGUUGAAGUCGGAAGUUUAAAUACACCUUCGCCAAAUACAUUUCAACUCAGUGUUUCACAAUUCCUGAUAUUUAAUCCUAGUAUAAGUCCCUGUUUUUAUGGUGGAUUUGGAGCAGUGGCUUCUUCCUUGCUGAGCGGCCUGUCAAGUUAUGUUGAUAUAGGACUCAUUUCACUGUGGACAUAGAUAGUUUUGUACCUGUUUCCUCCAGCAUCUUCACAAGGUCCUUUGCUGUUGUUCUGGGAUUGGUUUGCACUUUUCACACCAAAGUACGUUCAUCUCUAGGAGACAGAACACAUUUCCUUUCUGAGCGGUAUGACGGCUGCGCGGUCCCAAUAGUCAUACUAUUGUUUGUACAGAUGAACGUGGUACCUUCAGGCGUUUGGAAAUUGCUCCCAAGAAUGAACCAGACUUGUGGAGGUCUUGGCUGAUUUCUUUUGAUUUUCCCAUGAUGUCAAGCAAAGAUGCACUGAGUUUGACAGUAGGCCUUGAAAUACAUCCACAGGUACACCUCCAAUUGACUCAAAUCAAUUAGCAGCUUCUAAAGCCAUGACAUCAUUUUCUGGAGUUUUCCAAGCUGUUUAAAGGCACAGUCAACUUACUGUAUGUAAACUUCUGACCCACUGGAAUUGUGAUACAGUGACUAAUUGAAAUAAUCUGUCUGUAAACAAUUGUUAGAAAAAUGACUUGUGUCAUGCACAAAGUAGAUGUCCUAACCGACUUGCCAAAACUAUAGUUUGUUAACAAGAAAUUUUUGGAAUGGUUGAAUAAAAAGUUGUAAUGACUCCAACCUAAGUGUAUGUAAACUUCUGACUUCAACUGUACGUAGGCGAACAGAGGCCCAUUAUCAUCAACCAUCACUCCUGUGUUCCAAUGACACGUUGUGUUAUCUAAUCCAAGUUUAUCAUUUUAAAAGGCUAAUUGAUCAUUAGAAACCCUUUCGCAAUUAUGUUUGCACAGCCAAAAACUCUUGUCCUGCUUAAGGAAGCAAUAAAACUGGCCUUCUUUUAGACUAGUUGAGUACCUGGAGCAUCAGCAUUUGUGGGUUCGAUUACAGGCUCAAAAUGGCCAGAAACAAAGGACUUUAUUUUUUUUGACGCCAUUGGUCAAGCAUGGUGGAGGCAAUGUGAUGGUCUGGUGGUGCUUUGGUGGUGGUAAAGUGGGGGAUUUGUACAGGGUAUAAGCGAUCUUGAAGAAGGAAGGCCAUCACUCCAUUUUGCAACGCCAUGCCAUACCCUGUGGAUGGUGCUUAAUUGGAGACAAUUUCUUCCUACAACAGGACAAUGACCCAAAACACAGCUCAAAACUAUGCAAUAACUAUUUAGGGAAGAAGCAAUCAGCUGGUAUUCUGUCUAUAAUGGAGAGGCCAGUACAGUCACCGGAUCUCAACCCUAUUGAGCUUUUGUGGGAACAGCUUGACCGUAUAGUACGUAAGAAGUGCCCAUCAAGCCAAUCCAAUUUGUGGGAGAUGUUUCAGGAAGCAUGGGGUGAAAUCUCUUCAGAUUACCUCAACAAAUUGACAAAUAGAUUGCCAAAGGUCUGCAAGGCUGUAAUUGCUGCAAAUGGAGGAUUCUUUGACGAAAGCAAAGUUUGAAGGACACUAUUAGUUCAAUUAAAAAUCAUUAUUUAUAACCUUGUCAACGUCUUGACUAUAUUUCCUAUUCAUUUUGCAAUUAAUUUCAUCAAUGUUUUCAUGGAAAACAAGGACUUUUCUCAGUGACCCCAAACUUCUGAACGGCAGUGCAUGCUUGAAUAUUGUGUAAGGACAUGACAUGUGGGUGAGGAUAAUGAGUAUGUUGUGGUCCUACUGUGACACACAGUAUCAGAGGAUCAGAUUCCCAACAGGAGAACAAUAAGUCCCACUUUACUUCAAAAGAGAAUCAACGGGAUCUUAAGCACUUACAAAUGUGUAAUGUAUAUUGUUAGAAUUGGAAUUCAUAACAUAUGGUUCGAAUUGCAGGAGGUAACAUAUCAUACCAAAUGGAUGACGUUGAACACUAUUACUGAACGCACUACUUUCAAAACUACUGGCUGAAACGAUACAAAACCUUUAUAACGCAUUUUAAGUGACACUAAAAGCUGAUCUAUUUGCUAUGUUUUUACAUUGGUAGGUACAGGAUAAUUACAGUGUGCGCGCACAUUAGUACUUAGUGUGGCCUGUUUGGGCCAACUGUCAAUUUAAGUUUAUUUGCUAGUCUAAUUGAUAGCCUAUAAAGUCCAAACAGGAAUAGUUGUAAGUACUAUGUAACUAUGUGUAUCUAUACUGUAAUAACACUGUACCAGCCAAUGUCACCACCAUGUAAAUACUG